UCAUGCUAUUGUACUGUCAUCAUCUAGCAAAUUACCAAAUGAUUAAAUACGAGUAAUACGACAAAUAGUAUAUAUGAACACAACCCUUCGUAUAUUGAAUCGGAAUUUAAUCUAACCUGUUGGAACAAAUCACUUUCAAGAUUUUACGAAAGGGCGGUUAUUACUUCCGGGCGCCGUGUAUGCAGUGUUUGUGCCUGUCAGGAAGAUCCGUCGUUCAAGGAUGAAAGCAGCAAAGAAACUUAUGAAGGUGAUGGUGUCCAGCCAGCUCCCACCUGAGGGGAUGAAGAUUCUGUCAGGGUCUGGAGUGUGCGAGUUGUGUCAGUGGGACUCGGACGUGUCACGAGCAGAACUACUCAAAGCUGUGCAGGGGUCCCACGGUCUCCUGUGUCUACUGACAGAAAAAAUCAAUGCUGAGGUUCUAGAUGCUGCAGGACCCAACCUGAAAGUAAUCAGCACCUUUUCCGUGGGAUACGACCACCUGGCUCUUGAUGAAAUAAAGAAACGUGGCAUACGUGUCGGCUACACUCCCGACGUCCUCACUGACGCUACAGCUGAGCUGACUGUUGCCCUUCUCUUGGCCACAGCUCGCAGAUUACCUGAAGCGAUGGAAGAAGUCAAAAAUGGUGGCUGGAGGUCCGGGAGAACACUCUGGAUGUGUGGAUACGGUCUUUUGGGUAGCACGGUGGGAGUCAUUGGACUGGGACGCAUCGGAAUGGCGAUUGCCCGGCGCCUCAUGCCAUUUGGAGUGAAACGGCUUCUCUACUCUGGGAGAACAGCCAAAGCUGACGCUGCUCAGCUCAAUGGAGAAUUUGUUCCUCUGGAUACACUUUUGACUGAGAGUGACUUUAUUGCCGUUGCGUGCUCACUGACGCCAGAGACCCAGGGAAUGUGUGACAAGGCCUUUUUCAGCAAGAUGAAAAACACUGCUGUCUUCAUCAACACAAGCAGGGGGGCUGUCGUGAACCAGGAGGAUCUGUAUGAGGCUCUGACCAGUGGAGAAAUUGCUGCGGCUGGCCUGGAUGUAACAACACCUGAGCCACUACCGACAAACCACCCGCUUCUCACACUCAAAAACUGUGUGGUUUUACCGCACAUCGGCAGCGCCACCUACUCCACAAGAGGUGCCAUGGCUUCCUUGGCAGCUCAAAACCUCCUGGGAGGUUUACAGGGCACACAAAUGCCCAGUGAACUCAUCUUCUAGAACCUAGAAAGGACCGGCCAUCAUCAUCAUGCCGCUGCAGUUCAGAUGGCACCGUGAAGGCAUUUUGUAACAUCAAUUGGAGACCAGAGUGAAUUAACAUUGAAUUGCACUAGUUCCAAAAUUACAUUUUUGUUCCAAC